GUGUGACAAAGUGCAUCUUGAAACGGUACUCCAGCACAACAUAAAACGCUACUAAUUAAGAAGAGAACGACGGCGUACCUUGAACGCAAACACGUCGUUUUAAAAAAUGCCGCCGGCGAAGAGGGGAAAGGCAAAGGCGGAGCCUAGGGUAACACCGCCGUCGGAAAAACCUAAUAAUUUUCCGUCUUGUAUUCGGUGCAUGCCUCCUUCUUCCGUCGCCAUAACCAUCCACGCCAAACCUGGUUCCAAAUCCGCAUCCGUAACCGAUAUGAGCGACGAAGCGGUGGGAGUGCAAAUUGACGCACCUGCGAGGGACGGCGAAGCGAAUGCGGCUCUUCUCGAUUACAUCAGUUCUGUUUUAGGCGUGAAACGAAGACAAGUCUCUUUAGGCACUGGUUCUAAAUCUAGAGAUAAGACGGUGAUUGUGGAAGACGUAACUCAGCAAUACGUUUUUGACGCUUUGGAUAAAGUCUCGAAGCAGCAGUGAUGAGGAGGCUUCUACUGCAACUUAAUUAAACAAUAAGUGAAAGCUAAACCAUUGCUCUGAGAGUGUUGCGGUUAAGAGCGGUGUAUUUGUUUUAUGUUUCGGCUUUCUAGUUUGUAUCCUACUGUAUAUUUUUACAAUUUCAUGUAGAUUUAUGCCAUUGCUGCCUAUAUUAAUUCAUCACUCUAGCUUUAUGCAUGUAUCAGUUAUAAUGCUCAUUUCAUGUAGUGGCCGCAGCAAGUAUCAAAUGCUGCAAUCUUCGAUGAUCGAUGAUUAAGUGUA